CAAGCCAUUCAAAUGAGUUCACACAAUGCACACAAUACAACUCACUCUCAAUAUAGCAGUGGUUAGAGAUGUGCUCCUCAGCGACAGUACCGCACAACACGCAUUUUAAGUAAAGACACACGGAGGCAACAGCAACACUGGACGCAAGCAGGUCGGAGUAUGACUGAAAACCCCGGCCAUUCAGCAAUUUGACAGGAUAAACACAACAAUCGUUGCCUCUGCCCACGCUUGUGCUGCCUCAGUCAGGUCUGAAUGUACUGUUUGACAGAGCCCUUUUUCAGAUGAAGGAACAAAGCAUACAAAUAUCGUGGCAACUGGGCCACACAGCUAACAAUUUUUGGUUCCCAGAACGUUCUGAAUGUUCCCUGAAGGUUCCCCCCCCAGGUUCUCCCGUGGCUGAUACGGAAAGUUUUCCUAACGUUCCCCUGACGUUAGUUUUUGGCUGCACAUUUGGUUCUCAGAGCGUUACUUUGUCACAACCUUCACACAACUGUUAGAGAACGUUCUGUCAAGGUUCCAAGUUUUUGGUUCUCUCCUGCCUAACCCUCAGGAAACGUUCUCUAAAUGUUAGUUUUUGGUUUGGUUGUAACUAACCUUAGGAGAACCUUAGCGAACACUCUAAAUUUCCUGUAGGUGUGAGUGAAAGGUUGUUUGUCUCUAUGUCCUGUGAUGAACUGACGACCCGUCCAGGACGUACCCCACCUUUCGCCAUAUGUCAGCGGGGAUUGGUGUCAUGUUUUAUUCAAGACGACCUGAAACUAGGGCUUGAGACCUUUAACUCCUUAGAGAAAUGUUUACUGACGUUAGUCAUAAGUAGACUUCUUUAUGCAACCAUUAUUUUAGCUUUCUAUUUGGCCUAAGGAAGAAACUGGAAGACUACAUCCAUGUUUAUACAUGGUGACAUUGUUUCUCCACCAAAUCACCAAACAGCAACAAACUGUGAGGAACAAGAUGAGGCCAGAAUCCUCACUAAAUUAGGGAAAUAAAACGAGACAAGCGAUGACACAAUAAGCACAAUAACAUCUGGAAACAUGGGACAUUUCCUCUGAUGCCCCCCCACAGGCACUCUUACUACUAACUAGAUGUCAGGAGGUACAUAUAGAAUGCUAUCCUUUACGUCUCCAUCUAUUGAAGCAUUAUCCUGUCAACCAGCUACAACUUGACUGGAGCACAGGUUUUAUUUAAUGGCAGCAGGGUGGCUUUACUUUUACUUAACACUGUGGAAGUGCUUAGCCUGCGGCGGGCAAGGUAAAUUAGGACAACUUAUCACUGUGGAGCUUUCAGGGUAAUGGCACUGUUGAAAGCAAAAUGACCAACUCUGAAAUAGCACUUUUUCCUUCCAUGGGCAAUUAUCUACCUGAGCUGUUAAAGUUUAAUCUUUUUAAAAAUACAUUUUAAUACUGUAAAGAACAUCAUCACACAAACACAAUGAGUUCUCUUAGAGCAGCUAUUUAAAUCAAAAUGGCUUCGGCCUGACCAUAUGGACUGCGUGUGUGUGUGUGUGUGAGUGUGAGUGUGUUUCCCAAUCAGGUGUUGAUUGGUUUAUUUGGUGGAGGAGGAGUGAUUGCUCUGGUGAGAGUUGACACCAGAACUGUUUUUGGUUGUUUUAUUUCUGGUCAGGAUGAGUGAGUGAGUGAGUUAUAGAGCAGGAAACAGUAGCCCGUAGUUGUGGUUGCUGUUGAUUUAUUUCUCUCUAUAGGGAAAGGAGAAGUUACAAGUGUCAAGGAGAAGCAAAUCUUCAUUUUUUGGAAAUGAAAAUACAUUUACUGUCCCAAGGGGGGAAAAAACAAAAGGAUGCUUGCCAGCGCCCUGUAUCCUCUCCUGAUGCCACUGGUUACUGAUCUUCAUCUGCCUGGGUUUGUGAAGAGACCGAAGUGGGACGGGCAAGGAGGGGAAAACUCUGGCCCCGUCCCGUUCUCCACUUUUAAUGAGCGCUGCUGCGAUCACGCACGAGUAAAAGUUCAGGUGGAACAGUUUAAACGUUUCCACACACGCCCGCUGCUCCGCACACUUGAUGUCGCAGGGAAUGAAGUUAUAUUCUCUGAAUCCCGGAGGAUUAUUUGUUACUUCAUCAGGUUGAGAGAUUAUACUGGAACAUCUGGCUGACCUGCUGAACCAGCACAACACUCAUCAUGAUCAGGGCAUCAAUCACUGCCAUUUGCCUCGUGCUCCUCCUCUCCUGUGCUUGCCGGGCCAAGCCCAAUGGAUCAAAGACCAAGAAACCAAAGCAAGUUGUUCCAGACAUAGAGUGUGAUGUCAGGGCAGGAAAGAUCAACCUCCCUGAGUUCAUCGCCAAGUGUCCUGCACAAUGCAAAGAGACAAAGCAGCAAGUCUACGGGACAGGCGUGUUCGCCUCCAUCUCCAGCAUCUGCAACGCUGCCAUCCACAGUGGCGUCAUCACAAACACGGGAGGAAAGGUGAUCGUGAGGAAGAUGGCUGGGCAGAAUAUUUAUAAAGGCAGCAACUCCAAUGGGGUGCGAUCACUGACUCUCCCAAAAUGGAGGGAGUCAUUUGUUGUUUCAGUGGGGAAGCCUAAGAAAGGAGUCAUCUAUCCUUCUUCACUGGACUAUGUGCCUUCAAGACCAACCUAUGUGAAAUCAAGUCAAAGGGAGGCCAAAUCCCCUGCGGUGACGACAGCACUGCCUACGACAACUGCACCUGCACCCACCACAACUACAACACCUGAACCCACCACCACAACUACCACCACACCCGUGCCAACCACCACCACCACCACACCGCCACCCACGACCACCAAAGCACGAGCUGCUGUGCACAAAGUCAGGGACACAGGCAGCGGUCACCCAUACCUUGCCUCUGUGGCAGCCGCGAGCUCAAGGAAGACACAAACUGUGCAAGGAAAGAGUCCCAGCCAAGUACUCAGAGGAGGUGCCUAUCCAAGUAGAUUUCCACAGCGUACCAGUGCAGGUCUGCGGAGACCAGAGCCGGGGUCUGCAAUCAGAAGGCAGCUAUCCUCUCCAGCUGGUCCAGCUUAUAACAGGGUUCAACCAGGCCCACCCGAGCGGACUGUGACCAUGAGGGAGUCAAACCCCACUCUUUCCAGAAGGGACUGGGCGCACGCCUCCUUUCCUCGUCCCGAUUGGUUCACUGGAGCUCGAAGUCCAUCAGACGUUAGUCAUGCAGGUCCAGACGCAGGAUACACGUGGAGCGAGACAGACACACCUGAGAUAAGCGCUCGGGAUCACAGGCCUGAUAUGUCAGAGUAUGAGCGCUGGUAUUAUAACUUUGGACCGCAACCUCCACGAGCCCCUGACUCAGAGACCAUCCGAAAGAUGCCAGUGGACACAACCCAAACUCGAGUGGAGCCAGUGGAUGCCUGGAAACCAGAAGCAAACAUUUAUGAAUCAGGCUUUAGCGUGAGGGAGCAAGAGCCUCCACCUCGAGCAUCUGAGCCUUCGUCACAGGGAGACCCAAAUUGUAAGGUGGACCUGGUCUUCCUGAUGGACGGCAGCUGGAGCAUUGGGAAGCGGCGUUUUAAGAUCCAGAAGGACUUCCUGUCUGAUGUGGCUCAGACCAUCAACGUGGGUGUAAAUGGACCCAUGAUGGGCAUCAUCCAAUACGGGGAUGACCCCAUGACUGAGAUCAGUCUGAAGACGUACUCCAGCUCCAGAGAGGUGAAGUCAGCCAUAGGCAAGAUUGUGCAGAAGGGAGGACUUUCAAAUGUGGGAAAGGCCCUCUCCUACAUCGAUAAGCACUACUUCAGCGAUGCCAAUGGAAACCGAGGAGGCGCUCCUAACGUGGCUGUGGUGCUGGUGGACGGCUGGCCCACGGACAAGGUGGAGGAGGCGUCUCGACUCGCCCGUGAGUCUGGGAUCAACAUAUUCUUCGUCACCAUCGAGGGCCCUGAUGAGAGUGAGAGACAAAACCUGGUUGAGGCAAACUUUGUAGACAAGGCCGUGUGUCGGACCAACGGCUACUACUCCCUGCCCGUGACCAGCUGGUUUGCCCUGAGGAAGACCGUGCAGCCCCUGGUGAAGCGAGUCUGCGACACAGACCGCCUGAUGUGCAGCAAAACCUGCCUCAACGCCAAUGACAUCGCCUUCGUCAUUGAUGGAUCCAGCAGCGUGGGAACGGGCAACUUCCGCACGGUGCUGCAGUUUGUCGCCAACGUCACACGGGAGUUUGAGAUCUCUGACACGGACACGCGAGUCGGCGCCGUGCAGUACACGUACGAGCAAAGGCUGGAGUUUGCCUUCGGACAGUACAACAACAAGGCAGAGUUGCUGAAUGCCAUCAAACGCAUCAACUACUGGAGCGGCGGGACCAGCACUGGUGCCGCCAUCACCUACGCCGCAGAUCAGCUCUUCAGCAAAUCCAAACCCAACAAGCGCAAGGUCAUGAUCGUCAUCACGGACGGUCGCUCCUAUGAUGACGUCAGGGCUCCUGCACUGGCCGUGCAUCGCCAAGGUGUGAUCGCUUACUCCAUCGGCAUCGCCUGGGCAGCCCAGGACGAGCUGGACUACAUCGCCACAGACCCCGACAAGGAGCACUCCUUCUUUGUGGAUGAGUUUGACAGCCUCUACAAGUUUGUGCCCAAGAUCAUCCACAACAUCUGCCAGGAGUACAAUUCACAGCCCAGGAACUGAGGACGCACGGACGGUGGAGGAGAGGUGUAAAGAGGGGCGUCCUCACCGUGGGGCCGUCUUAACAGGACGCUGUUUGUAAAUUUACUCACGCUGUUGCCCAGAUGGUGGUAAUGGAUUGGCUGCAGCUCCUCGUAUUUAAACAGGGGAGAGGUUUUGAAUUUAGGUGCGAAACGAAUCUCAAAGUGAAUCAGCAUUUGGUCCCAAAUAUACCUGGGGAGCUAAUUGUAAAGGUUUUGCACACGUAUUGACAUCUCGUGUGGUGCCAGUUGCUCUUUGUUGCCGCCUUUAAAAAGAACAGUAUUCCUAAAUGUAUAAAAAAAUAUAUAUAUAUUUUCAGUUGUGCAUUUUUUUUCCCCAAAUGAUUCAAAGAUCAAUUGUAUCAUAGAACAAACAUCUUUUUUUUUACAUUAUCAUGUAAACCUUCAACCUCUGACCCUCUGGAGAAGAGCUGCAGAAUAUUUGGACGGACAUUAAUCGUCAAUUUUUCAGUUUACUGACGUUUACAGACUACUCAUUUGACUGACUGAUUUUGUGACAUGCUGGAGGAGCAGAAGGGAUUUCUCGACUAAGAGCACAAAUGCGUAAUUAAUCUUAAAUAAUAGGGCUCUUAAUGACAACUGCAUAAAGGCUGUCUUAUGAAGACUGACUAACAAACUGAAAGCUGUCUUAACGGGACAUGGUGCUUGCAGAGAACUGUAGAUGCAAAGCAUGCCUAGCACUUCCUUUAUAAACGUAAUAUGGUGCUUUUUAUACAAUUCUCUGUAUAGAGGAUAAACUUUUUGCUUUUAUUUUUUUUUUAGAAAUGAUGCAUUUUUGAUCUUCCUAAUAGGAGAGAUUUGUUGUUAGUCAGGACAUUGUUAUAGUUCCUCUGUACGACAAAAGGUGUUAAAAUACAAAGUAAGAAGAAGGUGAAAAUGAGACUCUUUUGCAACCAACAAGUGAAUGUGAUGUAAUUAGUCAGCAACGUGGAAGAAGGAAGUAGAAAUGCGUGAGACGUGGAGGAGAAAGAGAAGUAUAUGGCAGAUGUUCAUUUAGUCUGGAGUAAAAAUCUAUGCUUUCUGUUUUGUUUUUAAGAGUAUUUAUGAUUUCUCCAUUAAGACCUGUUUUGUACAUAUGCAUAUUAAAAGCCUUUUGCUAAUAAUGUU